AUGUUACUGAACUAUACGACAGAAAAAAAAGCAGUUAAUCUAUUUGAAAUAAUUAAUAGUCUUCCAGAAGAAAUUAAUGAAAUUCAUAUACUUUAUAAAUAUUGGUGGUUUAACAGUAAACCAGCAGUUCUUCUCGCUUUAAAUAAAUUUAAAAAUCUUCAAAAACUGACUUUACGUGGCUUCUGCGCAGACGAGCUAAUUCUCCAAGAAAUAGCAGAAGCAACAACACUUGUUCAUCUCAACAUUGAACUACAUGACGAACACAUAGACUUUCCUCUAUUCGAUAAACUCGUUCAUUUGGAAUAUAUUCACAUAGAGAUUGAAAAAGGAGAUGAAGACAAGAAAGCCUCUGCAAAAGUAGUCAACACUAUUUUUUGUAAAUGCAAAAAUCUAAAACAUCUUGAUAUUCCAUAUUACUUUUAUGAUCUUGCUGAAAUUCCUUUGGCAGAAUGGGAAAAAUUUAACAAUUUAGAAUAUCUUACUUUAACUUGUUAUGAAAUACUACCCGACUUAGCAGAUACAAUUGUUAAAUAUUGCAAGAAUGUAAAACAUUUGUUCGUGAACCCUAUAUGUCAUUUUAUACAGACAAAUGUUGUAAAAAAGUUUACAAAAUUAGAAAAUCUUGAAAGUUUCAUAAUAAAUCAUCAGUACUUUGAGUUCACUGAGGAAUCAAUAAUUGCAAUUUCAAACAAUUGUAAAAAACUUAAACAUUUAGAACUUGCUGAUUGUCAUAUAGUACCAUCUAUUGAUGGUGACGAACUUUCAUCUCCAUCUGUUUUAAAUGAGUUAUCAAAAUUACAAUAUCUUGAACAUCUAAACUUAAGUGGGGCGGAUAAUACUGAUGAUGAUACAAUUAUUGCUAUUGCUAAUAAUUGUAGAAACCUAAAAAGUUUGGAUAUUCAUGGAUGCAAUAUGAUUACUGAGACGGCUCUCGUUGCGUUAACAAAGUUGAAAAAUUUAGAAAUACUAAACAAUGAUCAAUAA